AUGAUUUCUUCAUUAGUAAAUAAGCAAAAUCAGCUUUUCCAAUCCGAAAUUGUUCGAUCAGGAUCAGUAUCUAUUCCUUUUUACAAUAGUGUAAUCAAAGCAACAUUCGAUUCAAGUAAAAAUGGACAAUUAUUUGGAAAAGUUCAAACAACAAUGAAUUAUCCAAAGAGUAAAUAUAUCAUUGAAGCAUACAGUUAUGACGAACCUAUGCGUGUUAUUGUCAAGUCAUUACAACUAAUUCCAAAUUUAACUACCACAGCUUUGCUUUCAUUCAAUCCAUCGGCCGCGUCAAUGGCAAAGGCAGUAUAUGUACAUAAUUUAAACUAUAUGCUUAUUAAGCAAAAAUUCAGUUUAGAUUAUCAGAAAAAUGAUGAAGGUGAAAAUCCAGUAUCCUUCACAUCAGCCACGAAAAUAACAAAUAGCCUGUACUCAUUGAACAUAGAUUUAUUCAAUAAUUUCAAUUUAUUCCAAGUUAAUUUCUUAUCCCGCAAAUUCCUUAAUAUUGGCGGAUCAUUUACAUAUGAUUUCACAAGAAAACUUCUUUGCGAUGGUAGUUACAUUUUUUCAUACGAUUCCCCAAAGUUUUUACUAUCAACAUCAGGAAGACUUGUUGUAGGCGAAGUUGAUUUAACUAUGAUUGCUCAAUUAACCAAGCGUACCAAGGCUGGCUUCUCCCUGAAGGCAGAACACAUCGGUAUCGAUCCAGACAGCAAAUGGAAAGAUGCUGACUAUACUUGUUCGGCUGCAGCCAAAAUUAUGAUUGACGAUGACGCAUAUUUCAGAGCCAUUGUGUCUUCUAACCUCACUUCCGUUCUAGAAUUAACAGUAAAUUGUCCUGACUUCUUGAAGUUGAAAUUUUCUGCUAACUCGGCUAUCAAAGAGUCCAAAUUGCAGAAUAACUUCGGAAUUGAUAUCGGUUUCGAUUUGGCUCACUUCACUCAUUAA